AUGAGUGUACAGAAAGAGAUUGAAUCAAGAUCAAAAGUGGUUUCUGCUGUCCUCAAGCUAAGUGGACGUCUGGAGAAUGAGUUUGUGUCUGAUUCAGAAACAGAUGAUGGUGAAUCAAGACAAUUGGUGGCUGUUAAUCUUGAAAGACGUUGGCAUGGUAUUUGGCUCCUGUCAUUAGAAUGGCAGUGUCGUUUAGAGGAAGUUUUGAAUAAGAAAAAGAGCUUGUAUGGGUCAGGACUUGAUUUUGGUAAUUUCCGUCUGCCAAGUUUGGAAGAAUCCUUUGCCAGUGACAAUGGGAAGGACUUGACCAAUAGCAGCUAUGGUGAUUUUGAUGAUAGUUUUAACUUUAUAAGUUGUCAAAGAGACGUUGUUGGAGAUACACCAAGUCCCACUGACAUUGCUCGUCUGUCUUUAGGAAAAUCAAGUUUCCUGGAUAAGAGCAGUGGAGACAGUGCCAAUAUCAGUGAGGCUGAGUCAAAGAUGGAGGAGUCUGUUCAGGGAGGUGAAAGCAAUGAAAAUAUCUCUAGUGAAGGAGAGGCAGAACUUCUGCAGCGUACCAAAAAUAGAGUAGAAAGCAAGGACGUAGGAUAUAGUAGUGAAGGUCAUUCAAACGACGAAGCCGAACUUCUUCGGCUACAGAUGCUUGAGGACCGUUACCAAGGACUUGUUCAGGUUGCCAGUGACAGUCCUUUAGCAAAUGAAACCAUGAAGAUUACAGAUAAAACAUUGAAUCCAGAGUACUACUUCAUGACAACUGUAGAUGUUGAUUCCACAGAUAAAACUACAGAUAAUGAUGAUGUCUAUGAUUUUGAAAAAUACAGCACAAUAAAUGGCUUUAAUGAUAUGAAAGAUGGAUUUGAGAUUACACCAAUAAAGAUGGCACCUACAGUCAAUCUCAAGCAGACGGAUAGUGAUAGCAUAUCAUUGUCACCUCCUCCCAUAACACUUAACGGUCAGGAUAUAACAAAUAUUACCAGUGAAACAUCGGAAUCCGACUAUUGCAUGGAACCAACUGAAAAAAUAAAGCUGUUGAUUGACAGGGCUGAAGACUUGGUGAGGUCACCAAAACAGUUCUUCCACUCUACACCUGACAAACAGGAACUUAACUCUUCUCCUGUCAAACUAAAAGUACCUAAAUCACCUAGCAAACAGACUCAAACCACACAAACACUACCAAUUGAUAGCAGUAGUGUUGUAGAAACAUCAUGUGAUGCUAGUGGAGAGGAAACCGAUAAUGAAAGUUCUGGUGAGGAGUUUUCUACUGCAUCUGAUGAUUCCGGUGAUGCCAUGUUUGACAGUGUUAUUUGUUCUGAUUACACCUCAGACUCCCGUGCUGCUAGUCAGGAAAGUGUAUCAUUCAUCUCUCCAAUUAAACCUGUGAACUUUGAAUCUGUCCAAUUAAGAAGUAAAACUUGUAGAAAUGGUAAGGAACGUCCAUGGAGUUUUAUGGAUGUUCAGGAACUUAAGAAACAGUGUUCUACAUCUGAUGGUGCUAUUAAUCAUCCCUUCACAGACUCUGAUUCUCCCACACGUAGACCUAAUCUUAACUCAUUACGACAAGGAAGUUCAACAUUCCCUAGGCAGCGGACCAAAUCACAUCAUACUAGACGUCUCCUGUCCUCUACAGAAUCAUCAUCUUUAAGAGCUGCUAAACGCAAACUUCAUUACCCUUCAUCUGAAACUACAUUAUGUCCUGAAUCACAAACUGAUCAAGUUGUGCCUUGUUUGAUUAAAACUGACGAUGAAUUGACACCUAUAAAUCAGAAAGAUGAUUUUGGUGAAUUAUUUGCUAGUGCCAUGUUAAAAGCUAGUAGUGCUAAUAGUAGUUUGAGUGAAUCUGAUUCUGAAACCUCAGAAGCCUAUGAUACAGCACCACUAGAACCAUUAACAUCAGAAAAUGAGGAUGUUUUAAACAGUACUGGCUCAUUCUCAGAAAAUGCUUGGGAUAAUUAUCAGGCUCCAUUAUACCCUACAGCCAGUGAAGAUCCAGCUGAAGAACCAUUACAUUGGGAACCUACUGAUGAAAUGGAGUUUGAUGAUGAAUUUACAAUCCCUAGUGAUAGUAUUAUAAAUCAUGUCCUGGCUGCCUCUCAAACCAAUACAUUGAAGAAAAAAUCUAAACCAUUACCAGUCCCGAGCCAGUUUGAUGAUAGUGAUUCUGAUAUUGAAGAUUUUCAUCAUAUAAUAGAUCAAAGUAAAUUGCAACUUAAGAAAGCUGACCAGUCAUUGAAGAAGAAACGUAAAGAUGCAAUGGGAACUGGUAUACAUCUAAAUCCUGCCAAAUAUGUUGAAAUAUUGUCUACCUGUGAGACUAACAAGUCUUGUGUAGAAAGUAUUUGUCAGCAUAUGACUACAGAUUCAGUUACAGAUUCUGAUGUCACUAAAGUCCAAGAUCUUUUGUACCAGUGGGAAAAAUUACAUGCUCUAGCUACAGAAAGAUUGUCACAAUCUAGACAGUUAGCUGACUUCUUUAAAGAAUUAGAAGAUAUGAAGUUGACACAGCGUAAUGUACAAGAGUCUUUAUCUCAUACCAGUUUUAAUUCUAUACAGGAACUCUGUGACUCUAUUAGAGCAUUAAAUGAUCAUCAAGAACUAUUAAAGGAUCAAGAAGAUCAUAUAACAACAUUACUUCAAUGUGUUACAUUAUUUAAUGAAACUCAUGAAUCAAUUAAUACAGAUAAAUAUAUUACUGAUAUAUCAGAUAUACAACAAACUAAUACAGAAUUACAAAAAUGGGUAAAACGACAGGUUAGAGAACAAGAAGAAAAGUUAGAUGUAUUAAAAGAUUAUAAUGAUAGUAGAAAAGAAUUAGAUUAUUUACUAUCUCAAGACCGUCUCAAAUUACAAAAAUUAUUAGUUCAACAUGAAAUUGGUAUAUAUAAUUCACCCACUCAUUUAUUACGUGAUAUUGAGGAUAUUCAAUCCAAUCUGGAAGUAUAUGAAUCUAAAUUACAGUGCCUUUCACAACUUCGAUCUCGUUUAUCAUGUUCAUCUGAUGAUUCCGCCCAACGUGAUUAUUUAGCAUCAGUAGCUGAUUUACGUAAUCAGUUAUUUACUAUUAGUAAACGAUGUCGAGAUGCCAGAUUAGAUUUAGAAGAUGAACAAUAUCUACGUACUGAUGAAGCUGAUUAUGUCAGUUCUGAAACUGAUGUUCAUAGCGCCAGUCUCCAAGACAUAGGAAAAUGCAAUGGUUUAGAAGCUGAUACAACUGAUGAUAAUGUUUUAAAUAAAAGGUCAGGUAACAGAAGUUGGUUGUCAUCAUAUCCACUACCAUUAGCAGCUCUAGUUAUGAUAGCAGGUUUAGUUUAUCUCAUGGAUCCAGAGGUCAUUGAUCGUAUUACUAACUUCUCGGUAACCUUAUCACCAGAGUUACGUUACGUUAAUGGUAAUCCUCCGACAUAA